AUGGGGUACACUGAUGGAGCAUAUAAUUUUUCCAAAAUCCAAGGAAUUUGUUGGAUUUCAAAUGAAAUUUUUCGUAAUGAAUCGUAUCUAAAUACACCAACAGAAAAUGAUGGUUUAACAGAUGAUGAUUAUGCUUUCUCAUGGUGGUUUUGUUUGGGUAAACAAUUAUUAAAUCGAACUGAAUAUGCAUUGAAAUGUAUUUUAUUACAACAACAAGAUUGUUAUGUUCCAUGUUCACCAGUCGAUGAAGUUAAUUUAAUACCUGUUAGACAGUAUGAUUCAAAUAAUAUAGGUUCAUAUGUAUAUAAAGAUUUUAACGGUUAUUUACAAUUACUUGGUUCACGUACUGAAGAAUUUGCUAUAUGUGCAUCAUUAUCAUCAUCAAAUAUUGCUGUUUUUCCAACAAAUACUCCACUUAAAUUUGUUGUAUCACCAUUAUCAUCUUCAUCAUCACAAAUUCGAAAUGUUUUAUCAAGUUGUCAUAUAUUUAUUCGAUCAUUUGAUAUGCAAAUUCGUCGUACACUUAAAUCAUCAACUCAUCAUAAUACAUCAUCACAUCGUUCUCGUGCACGAUAUCCAAAAAUUCAAGCAACUAUUGAUGAUCAAUUUAAAUGUUUAAAACGAUCUAGCAGUAGUGAUCAAAGUUCAACAAUAAAAGAUGAUCAAACAACAGCAACAACAACUAAUGAAGGUUAUCGUUCAGGUUCAUCAGCUCUACAAAGACGAAAUAAUAAUAGACAACAACGAGCUACUAGUGUUGAUAUCGGAGAUGAUUCACAACAUACUGAACGUCGAAGAACAUUAUCAACAGAUGAUAAUACAGUUUAUAAUUCACUUGUUCGUCCUGUUCGAGGAAGGGCAAAAUCAAUAUCAUCAACCUAA